CGAUUUCGCUGCUUUUUUUUUGCUCUCACAUUGUGAUGUAACAGAAGACAUCAAAUACUUAACACAAGAAAUAUUUUCAAUAAGUACCACAAUGUUGAAAAACCUAUAUGCGGGCACUAAUUUAGUCUCUUUAUAACCAACUACAGGAUUGUACUAUCUAACUUAUCUCAUAAUUUCAAAGUUAAAAAUCUCUGACUACAAGUUACCUUUAUUGAAUUUUUUACUACAAAUAAUAUAUUUUUGUGACUCUAGCCUUUGGAUGUCUUUUUAACAAGAAAAAUAUUAUUUUCUCCGCUCAAAUUAAAGACUGUGCUAGAAAUUAAUAGGUAGCAUUGCUACCGAAAUUCGUAUCAACCCAUAUUCGGCUCACUGCUGAGCUCGAGUCUCCUCACACAAUGAGAAGGAUUAGGCCAACAGUCCACCACGCUGGCCCAAUGCGGAUUGGCGGACACGCAGAGAAUUAAGAAAAUUCUCUGGUAUGCAUGUUCACGGUUUGAGACACGUGAUUUUUAAUUUGUUAAAAUGCACACAACUGAAAAGUUGGUGGUGCAUGCCCCGGACCGAAUUCAAACCCUUCGUAAUCGGAGGUAGAGGUCAUAUCCACUGGGCUAUCACGGAUUAUACCUCAAUAGCCUAACCGAAUUAUUAUUUUAUACUUUAUUAAUUUAUUUUACACUUGCACAAUUUUGUGUUUAAUUUCAUUAUAUAUUUUUGUAUUUAUAGUUUUUACACUUCCUAAAUAGACAACCACAACUCGACAUUUUAGACAAUAUUUAUUGACUUAUUAGGUGUUUAUAUAACUUUAGUUGUUUAAUAAACGACUAAAUGAGAUCAAGACAAUUAUGCACAUUUGUCUGCCUCAGUUUUGAUGCGCUAGUGCCCUGUCUCUAGUAUACAAUAUCGUUGUUAUAAGUUUCAUUUAUUUAUUUGUCCUUUAAAAAAAAACAAUGUUGAUAUAAACACUAUUAAAAAAUUAUAAAUAUAUAUAUAUAGAGAAAAAUACAGAAAUAAGCUUUUUACUUAAAAAUUUCUGGAAAAUUUUUAAAGUAUGAAAUUUUUGAAUAUGAAGAUCACUUUUGGGGGGCAAGAUGGAAAAUACAAAAAGAAAUUCAAACUGCAUCAUGCGACACAUCAAAUGAAAGGUCUUGUUGAUAUGAGGAUUUUAAAUUUUUUUUUGUAAUUCUGAAAUAAAUAGUUUCCAAGUUAUUUAAGAAAAUGUACCCGAAGUCCUAACUCCUGAAAUUCACCGGCGCUCCGCAAGCGACCGAGGCCGUAAUCUAUACAUUGGCAAUACUAUAUUUCACACGAUUGCAUUCACAUCGUAACCACAGUAGUGGGACCCGACUCCUCGCUACAGUACGUGCAGUCAGUACUGAAUGUCCCAGUGGCAGUUGUUGGCAAGGAUGGCGCGCGAAUUGGGCGCGAUUGUCGCGCUUGCGUUAUUUGCCUGCGUGGUGGAGGCCCAACGGAAGCCCAUCAAGGAAGCGUUGUUCCUCAACACGGACAUGUUUAACUCCACGAUGGAGGAUUGCGUGUGGCGCCGGGAGCGAGAGCCUUGUCCUGAUCCGAACGUCACUAUUAACUUGUAUACUGAAGCUGAACCGUUUAAAAAAGAGGUUGACUUGUUCAGCGAGGACUGGCUCCGUCAGAGCAGCUGGGAGCCGUCGCACGAGAGCAUCCUGCUGAUACACGGCUACGCGGGCGGAGACGACACUCUGCCUAUUGUCGUGCUGAGAGACGCCUACCUCCGUCGCGGAGGCUACAACGUGUUCAUGAUGGACUGGGGCCAGCUGUCGCAGCCGCCGUGCUACGUGGCGGCCGUACACAACCUGCGGCCCGUCGCGCGCUGCGUGGCCGAGGCGCUGGGCUCGCUGCGGCGCGCCGGCUUGCGGCCCGACCGCCUCACGUGCGUCGGCCACUCGCUCGGCGCGCACAUGUGCGGCAUACUGGCCAACUACUUGAACUUCAGACUCAAUCGGAUCAUCGGGUUGGACCCAGCGCGGCCCCUCAUCAGGUCUGCGCCAGCGCUGCGGCUGGACCCGGGCGACGCGCGCGCAGUGCACGUGUUGCAUACCAACGCAGGACGCUACGGCGAGGGCGCGCGGCUGGGACACGCCGACUUCUGCCUCAACGGGGGCCGCAGCCAGCCUUACUGUGAAGACACGCCCAACGAAGCUCUUUGCAGCCACGUGUGGUCGAUCUGCUACCAGGCCGAGAGCCUCUUCAGGCCGCGUUCAGCCGCACCGUGCGGUCGAAGGUGCUCAGUAAGGGUUCCUCCGUCCAGGUCCUCCGCCUUACCUGUGCCUCUGGGACAACCUGCACCUAUGACUGCAUCAGGCGCCUACUGCGUGGAGGACUUCACGACGCCCUUCUGCCCGAGCUCGAGCGGUCUGGCGGAGGGAGACGCGCGCUGUUGCCUCGACAAGCAGUACGCAGCCGCCGCCACCACCGUGCGUCCGCCGCGCACGCGUCCGCGGCCCGGCGCUCGACUGCGUGCGCGGAGACGCAACCAGUACGAGCGUGACGUCACCUUGGACGAGCGGAGACGCAAACAGUACGAGCGUGACGUCACAUUGGAUAUCAACGACCAUGCUACUUUUAGCUUUAAUGCGACAGAUUGGAAUCUGUUCUGAUACUAGGGUACUCGUUAGAUUUCAAAUAGGUAACACUCAUAUAAUUCUUUAAGAAAAGGCAACAAAAUAGCUUCUUCCAAUUCUUAUAGAACCUUAGAGACGAAAGGUGACACCUCCAAAUGAAAUUGAUUGUGUGUGUAAACUUGCGUGCGGUCUUCACGCACACGUCCUCGGCCCGGCGCUCAACUGCGUGCGCGGAGACGCAACCAGUACGAGCGUGACGUCACCUUGGACGAGCGGAGACGCAAACAGUACGAGCGUGACGUCACUUUGGAUAUCAACAACCACGCUACGUUUAGCUUUAAUGCGACAGAUUGAAUCUAUUCUAAUACUAGGGUAAUCGUUAAAUAUAGGUAACAAAAAUUUAGAAAUAUUUAAAACAAGGCAAUAGAAAUGGCUUUUUCCACUCAACAAAGAACUCGGUGUCAACGACGACGUAGAUACACUUGGUUCUAAAGCAUAAAAUUUAAUAACCAGACGAUAGAUGACACCUCCAAAAUGAAAUCGUUUGAAUGUGUAAAUGACACUUAAACUUAUAACCUAAGGUAUAACGACAUAAGAAAUUGGGAGAAAUCAAUUUAAUUGGUAAUGCUCAUAGAAAUCUUUUAAAAACUUUCCACUUCUCGUCGUAAAGUGGAAAGACUAGAUUAACAACGGCUCUAGAGCCAUGUGUAGUCUAGAGUCUAGACUAGAGCAUAAAAAUCUAAAUAACAAGACGAAAGAUGUACAGAAGAGAUACAAUGACUACUCCAAAAUUAAGUUGUUGGUGUGUGUUAACUUAAUGUCAACUUAGACAUAAUAAGUUAGUGAUAUUGCUUUAAAUCCCUUUUCGUUCAUCUGUCACUUUGCUGGUUCGUUGACUUACCAAUCGUAAGAUUCCAAUCUUUGAUCGGGGCUAAUAAAAAACAUUUGUAAUUUAUAGGUAAUUGCCGUAUUCCUAGGGUGUAUCAAUAUAGAGUAGAACAAAAGAUGGCUCUAUAAAAAACCAUUUGUAAUUUAUAGGUAACUAGCGGACGCCCGCGUGGAAUUUAGUUUUUCACAAAUAUGCCUAUAAAUUACAAAUGGUUUUUUAUAGAAAAGCCUAUGUGUUAAACCAGAGUGAAAUCUAUUUCCAUUCUAAAUUUCAGCCAAAUCGCUUCAGCGUAAAGGAGGAACAGACAUACACACACAUAAACUUUUGCCUUUAUAAUAUUAGUGUGAUUGCCGAAUUCCUAGCGUGUUUUGAUGGCAGAACAUCAACUGGCUAAAUUAUAAAACCAUUACUUAGUAUAAGACUUUAUGUAAUCAAUAAAAUGGUGUAUAAUAUUUCAAGUCCUACCGUAUAAUUAUAACUUAUACUUAAUUGAUGUUUUUAGAUCAAAAUAAUAAUUAGUUUUAUUAAUUAACUAAAUUUAAGUUCAAAAGUACAAUGUUUGUGCUAUAAUUGAAUUGUAAGCAGCCAAAGAAUGUUCAUAAAUAAAUAAAUUAUUAUAAAAGUAUAAUGUUUUAUUAAUGUUCGAGUAUCUUAACAUGCGUAAUACAUAAAUAUAGCUAGCUAGGGAAAGACCGCGAUUUCAUUCGCGAGAAAUUCUGUAUUUUUUACAUUUCCCGUAGAAACUACAGAUUUUUGUGCGACGAAAAGUAGCCUAUGUUCUACUUCAAGGGUCCAUAUAUCUCUAGGAACCUACCAAAUCUCACCCAAAUCGGUUUAACCGUGAAACGGAGCCGACAGUCCAACAUACUUAUAAGGACCCUCGUUCUUACUAUAAGAGAAGCUAAACACUGGCUCAUCUCUACACUGGUAAGGCAAGCAGACCGCGCACGACCACUCAGGUCAAACGCCGGUAACAGACUGACUCAUUGCCCCCACCCCACUAGUCACUACCAAUGUACAUGAGAUAGUUUCUGUAGUAUUGUAGGUAUCUAUUUAGUAUAUACAAACACUACAAUACUGAUUUACUUUCGUCUAACCUUACUUAAACCUACCGGCAAAGACGUACCGCCAAGCGAUGUAACAUUCCGGUACGUUUAAAAACCGAAAGGGGGGUGUGGAUUUUCAUCCUCCUCCAAACAAGUUAGCCCACUUCGAUCUUAGAUUGCAUCAUCACUUACCAUCAGGUGAGUUUGUAGUCAAGGGCUAACUUGUAAAGAAUAAAAAAAAGAUUCCGACGAAUUGAUAACAGACGCGAUGGAAGACUUUUUCUCACGUUAACUUAAAAUACCGCAAAAGGUUUUGAAUAAUAAAACUGGCAAAAUCUUAUUAGAUAAGUUUAUUAUGUUGUUUGUAUGAGUAUAAUUAACUAAAUGAAAACAAAUCUAUUUAAAUACAAAACGCACAUUACUCUAUCGAGACACGCAAGUUUUUGUCAAUGUAAGUUGGUCUAUAAUUUUAGGGUGGGUAUCAGUGGCGUGCAUAAGGUUGUCGAUCAGGGUAAGCACUAGUAAUAAAAUUUAGCAAAUUGGAAAAAUGUGUAUUUUAUAAGCACUAAGAAGACAACUCUUAGGGUAUGCAGUACUUUAAUGCAUGUAUGAAGUGCACGCCACUACGCCACUAAUAGAUAUAGAUAUACUGAGCAAAUCAAGGAUCGAACCUUGGACUUCUGUAUUGUAAA